AACGAAUGUUCCGUGAGACCCAAGCGAUUGAGCGUUGUGAGAAAUGGUUCGACUUAUGCACCCUUUAAUUCAUCCAUGCGCUCGCUAUCGUCUUCGCUAGCCCGUGAACGAAGGGAAUCUCCUAUCUCUUACGCGAAUGCAUUAACGGUAAUUAAAGCCCUCUAACAUUCUUGUGGAUUUCCUCUAUUUCCUGUUUCGUAAACAUGAAUGCGAGCAUACGUACAUACAUCUUUUAAUUAAUCUUGACACCCUCAACCACGUACAUCCGACAACAAUUCACAUUUCAGGUUUUCUUUUCUCUCUUCCACAAUAUAAAUCUCUCCCCCCUUUUCAUCACCCCCACGACAAAAACAAUCACCUUCUUUUAUUUAUUCUCUCUCAACGACAAGUCUACACAAAAAAUGCGUUUUACAGCUUUUGCCUUGAUGGCAACGGCAUUAAGUGUCGCUUUGCCAGCCACUCAAGCACACAUUGGACCCGGUGUUCCAAGUAAAAUUCAAAUUCGUAAUACGGAUAUGAACACAGUUCGUGCUGUACGUAGAAUGGAACAUUCUCAUGAUCAUCACAGACCAAUUCACAGAAGAGCAAAAGCAGCUAAAGAUGAAGCAAGUGAAGCACAAAUCGAAACUCCAACAGAAGAAUGCAAACCAUAUGGUCUUUCAGCUGUGAACGAUAUGGUAAAAGAUUUCCCUACCGCUUGGGACGUUGCCGAUAUCUUACCCCAUGAUACACAAGCAAUGGCCAUCAUGCAAGCUAUCAACGCUUCAGGUCUCGUUCCAACUGAUAUCCAAGCCCGUGGUCAACAGCCUGCCUCAUUGAUGGGAACAGGUACAGAAACUGGUUACAACUCUAACACCGAUCCAGCUUGCUACUGGACAGCAACAGGUUGCACAACUCCAAAAGCAAAAGGUGUCUUGCCCGAUAUCAUCUCAUGUGCAGAACCACAUACCUGGGGCUAUACCCUAGAUGACGGACCAAACUGCACGCACAACGCUCUUUAUGAUUUCUGGAAGACCCAAAACCAAAAAGUAUCAUUGAUGUACAUCGGAUCAAACGUUAUGGACUGGCCAUUGCAAGCUCAACGCGGUUUGGCUGACGGUCAUCACAUUUGCGUUCACACAUGGUCACACAAAUACAUGACUGCUUUGACAAGUAACCAAGCUUUCGCUGAAUUGUAUUACACCAUGCAAGCCAUCAAAAAGAUUAUGGGUAUCACACCAACUUGCUGGCGUCCACCAUACGGAGAUGUUGACGACCGUAUUCGUGCAAUCGCUCAAUCUUUGGGUUUGAGAACAUACGUUUGGGACCAUGAUACAGAUGACUGGGAAGUUGCACCAGAAGGUCCUAAGCCAACCGCAACCGUUCAAGCAAACUACGACAGUAUCAUCUCAUUGGGUUCCGCUCCUGCCGCAGAAACAGGAGGUAUCGUUGUCUUGCAACACGAAUUGACAAACGGAACAAUGGAAUUAGUCAAGGAGAACUACCCAAAGAUGAAAUCUGCUUUCCCAAACAUUGUCCCUUUGACAGCUUGUUUGAACCUCACUCAUCCUUACGUUGAAGAUAUCAUUUACCCAAAUUUCGCUGAAUAUGUUGGCGGUAACGUGAUGCCUUCAGGUUUACCCACAACGUUCACGGUUCAAGCAGACGCCGUUGCCACUCCUCAAGGUACAUUGAAGAGUAUGGGCAGUUUAAUGGCAACUGCUCCCGCUGGUGGUCCAGACAAUGCAGGCGUUGUCAGUUCUUCCUCUGCUGCUGCAGGUCCAAGCUCAUCAAACGGAUCGCCAGACAAUUUGAGUAACAAGAAAUCCGCUGCUUCUCCUUCAACAGUUAUCGCUCCAUUUGCUGUUGUGAUUGCUGGUUUGACAGCAGGUGCUUUCAUGCUCUUGAACAACAAUUAAAUAUUUCAAUAGACCCUUAUAGCACGAAUCCUCUCUCCCCCUACCGCUUAAAAGCACGACGG